UAGUCCCAGGGAUCCUGGGGGGCAGCGCCGGAGGGAGGGGCUGAGUUCAUCCCCCUCUGGGACAUAGGGGACAUGAUGCGGCUCAGAGAAAGGGCACAGCGUAUCGCACGGCAAGGGAAUGGCAGGACGUUCUUUAAACCCUUGCAGUGCCAGAAAGUGGUGGCUGGGUAAGAGCUGCAGACAAAUUUGGGCUCGUGUGUGGACACACAGUCUGAACUUUAGAAUGGGCCCUUGGAAGUGGUGGGCUUCCGUCACGGGAGCUCCUGGAGCAAGCAGUUCCUGCAUGAGGGAGCUCUCUCGUCCCCUGGCAUCGUCUCAGUGUGUAACGUGGGGCUGUCUCGUGGUGUUAGGUUUUGACAGGAGCCCCACAGUCGCCAGGGCCCAAGGCAGCCAUGUCCAGGAGAUCGUGUCCAAGCGUAUCCUUCCGCAGCAGCACUAAACUGUGGGGCUCCUGCCGUGGGUCUCGGCCACACAGGGGCCAGUGGUCUUUGUGUUAAUCUGUGUUGUAAAGCCGGUGAAUGCCAUCGUGCCUGCAGAUGGAAGCGCCCCUUUCUUCUCCCGGCGCACAGGAGUUCACUCUGCCCAUAAGCAGCGCGGCCCUGCAGAGACUAGUCCUCAGGCACAAAGCAGCCCCUUGGCCGAGCAGCGCGUUUGCUCACCCUACAAGCUCUUCCACCGCUCCUGCCAGGCGAGGGCCUGUGGGUGCGGGAGGAGGGUGUUGGCACUCUGCCCUGCUGCAGAGACAGGGGCAUCCUUGCCCCUGCCCCCCGAGCCCCGCUCUCCUCGUCUGAAAAGUUUCUAGGGCAUUGAAGUAGAGAACUAUUCUAACAUAAUUUAUCAGUAGAAGUUUGGAGAAAUUUGGUGAAAGAGGCAACCUUCCAAAGAGGUGUUGGGGAAAUGUGGAAGGCAGUGGAUUGGAAACUUGGACAUAUAUCGGAGUCCCCCGGAGGAGUUGGUAGAGUGCAGGACCCCACCUGGUUCUGCAGGUCUGGGUGGGCUGGAGAGUGCACAUUUCUCAUGGUUCCCACGUGGCGUUCACACAGUGGAACACGCCCCCCCCACCACCGAGAACGUGGAUCAUUGGGCCGUGGGUGGGAUGAGAUCCUGUGGGGGCCGCUCAGGCUCCCCCAGAGUUGGCCCGAACCCAGACCCUCGCCGGUCAAUCUCCACAGAGGAGUGAUGUCCACACCGCGUGUUUCUCUUUCCCUGAAGACAUGAGGUGUGAAUUACGCCCCACUGCAUGAGCUUGGAACACAACAGUCCCCUUUCUCUUUUGUGUCUCCACACCCGGGUCUUUCCCCCGUUUAGGUUGAUACCCAGGAAGGUGACGCUGAUCACUGGGGCAAUGAUGCAGAUCACCUCCGAGGGCGGCCCCCAACCUCAGUCCAACAUCCUGUUCUCCAUCAGCAAUGAGAGUGUUGCGGUGGUGAAGAGUGCCGGGCUGGUUCGGGGGCUUGCCUUCGACAACGGCACUGUGUCAGGGGUCGUGCAGGCCGUGGGCACUGAGACCGGCAAGCUCGUCACCGUGUCUCAGGUAACAGGCUUGGGCUCCAUCGCGGACAGGUGCCUUCUGAAUCCGCCCCAGACAGUGGGCCCUCUAGUGAUGAGGCACACUGGCGAGUUGGCCAGCUGUGAUGGGGAGGAUGCCCUGUUUACGGGGUUUGGGUUCUGCUCCUGAGGACCACCCCUCUCUGAGGGUCCUGUGUCUGCCCUCUGAGUCCACAGCCCCCGUCUAUCACCCCUGCCUGGGAUGGCCCUGCCAGCUGGGGGCACCCAGACCCCCAAGGCUGCUUUUCUCCAGACUGAGUCUCCCCAGCUGCUCCUUAAGGGACAAGUUUCCAAGCCCCCGCCCUGGGGACAUCCAGUGCAUGAUAGUGGCAGCAGUUCUGAUAGUGGACUCUGCACUCGCCUCCUCUAGUCCUCAGCAUCCUCGUGCAUUUUGCUGCUUUCUCUGUUUGCAGAUAAGGGGCCUAAGGAGCCAGCUGGUGGCCCACGGUCGCUGCAUAGCGGUUCCAGGACUUGAUCUGGAACGGCUGACGUCAGAGCUCUCAGCCUUUUGUCCGUUCAUUUCUGGCAGAGCCUGGGGAUGUUCUAAUGGAAGAGGAGGGAUGCUGUUGGCUCUGACACACUUGGUGGAUUGCAGUGUGUGUUUUCAGAGGCAUGUGCUGGCUUGGCUGCUGUAAGUGUAGAUAGUUGAACACCAAUAGUGUUUCAGACCUGGAUUUGUAUUUCCAGGAGAAAAAGCAAACCUGGGUCAUCCACUACUAUCUUUUGCUCCACUGGAGGUGCAAUUCUUUCCCAGGCCCCUUCUCCCCAGGCAGGGAUACUCAGUAAUUGCUUUUGUGGGUCAGCAGAGAUGCUAGAAGGCUGAGUUAGGGGAGUCCUCACCCCAGGAGGGCCUUCGUGCCCCCCGUUGGUGGCAUUGACUCUGAGCAGGUGAGAGUUAGUGUCUCCGAGUCUGAUGCUUUCCCUUCCUUCCCAGGUGUGGGUACGUCUUUGGGCCUCUAGAAUGGAGAUGGAGAUGGUUUCCGCCUCCUGAGAUGGGCUCAGGGUGCUUGGAUUCUCCUGACAUCCUUUGCCUGUGGUGACUUGCAUCAGGGGGGCUGCUUUGUGGGGCCGGAAACCUGGGCUCUAGGAACAGUGUUUGUUUUGUGUGACACGACUGUGGACAAGAACCUUUUCAGAUGCCAGUCAUCCCUUUCCUUGCCGGGAAUUGGGCCCCCUGAAAGCAGUCCGUGAGCCCCCCGAGUUUGACUCAUCUAAACACAGCACCCAGGGGGCUGGCGUGGGUGCCACCCAGGAGAAGGGGAGGCUGAGGCGUCCUCGUUCCCCGAGGCUGCCUGUGAUCCGACGUUGAGCUCAUUGACUUACUCCCUUUCCCGCAGUUUCAGUGUCUCUCCUGGUACCCCAGUUAAAACACGGAGCCCUUCUGCAUCACGGGGUGGAUGCCCUGGUUCUGCCUAUCGAUUUUAUAAAGACAAGAAGGCAUUGGAAUGAAAGUCUGUCCUGUGGCAAACAGCAGGGUUCAGACAGACGUCCUGGAGAGUAAGACGAAGGAGCAAAGAGGCCCUGCAUUUUCUCUCUUUAGAGAAGGGGUUGUGGCUUUAGGAACUGGUUCCUUUUUCUUCUCCUGGGGGCCUGGGUGGCUGAAACAGCAGCUGGUGGAGAUUCAGCUAGAGGGGCCCCCAGCCGUGCAUUUCCCCCUGGCCAGCACUCCUCUCUGAGGUCUGCCCUUGUGGACCACCUCCCUCUCUGCAGCCCCGUCUGGCAGGUCGGGAGGGGAGCUGGGGGAAGGUCCUGGUGCCCCUUGGCAGAUGGAGAGGCUGUGCCACCAGCUGCAUCUGAAAGGCGUCUCCUUGAGCCCAGGUAGGCAGCGGCUCAGCCUGAAGCCUGCGUGUCCACGAAGGAUAUGUGAUUCUGGUCAGAAGCUUCCAGUUCCAUCUGUCCAAGAAUCAGCACCCAAGGCUGAGGGAGGGGCCAGGACUGGCAGGAGGAGGCUGAGCAGUGCGAAGGAUGAAGAAAAGGAAGGGAAUGAGUGUUUAUUGAGCCUACUCGUUGCUAGGUGUUAGCCCAGAUCACAAAGCACAGGAAUUGGGCUCAGCAUGAGCACAUGUAAAAAGGGUCUAGUAGCCUGGAUUCAGCAUGAUUCAAGAGUACUAUGAAUAAGCCAAUCAAGUUAGUUUUUGGCCAGAUUAAUAGGAAUACAGAGUUCAGAAUGAAGGAGGGUAUAAGGUCUGCUUGAAUCAUACUCUGCCUGCCUCCUGCAUUCAUCCCUGUACUCUGCUCAGUUAGAGAGAUCGACAAGCUGGAUUUGGGGUUGGGAGGGUCUGGAGACCUGUCCUGUGAGGGCUACCCAGCCUAGAGAACAGUCCCCAGUCACUGCCCCCAAGUCUCUGUAGCGCUCACCUGGAGCAUCUGGAUCAGACAGGUCUAUCGGCUCAGAAGACCAGGCUGGGACCCCCCAAGGGGGUGGGAGGGCAGUGGCCAGAUCUGUGUGGGGUGAGCCACCCACAAAGCAGGCAGCCUCAGGCAGAGAAGCAUCGUGCUGGACACCCUGUGGGUGCCUUCUAGCCACGUGACCCUGAGCUGGCCUUGGCAGG